AUGUACAGCAUGAUGAUGGAGACCGACCUGCACUCGCCCGGCGGCGCCCAGGCCCCCACGAACCUGUCGGGCCCGGCCGGGGCGGGCGGGGGCGGCGGCGGCGGCGCGGGAGCCAAGGCCAACCAGGACCGGGUGAAGCGGCCCAUGAACGCCUUCAUGGUGUGGUCCCGCGGACAGCGGCGCAAGAUGGCCCAGGAGAACCCCAAGAUGCACAACUCUGAGAUCAGCAAGCGCCUGGGCGCCGAGUGGAAGGUCAUGUCCGAAGCCGAGAAGCGGCCUUUCAUCGACGAGGCCAAGCGGCUGCGCGCGCUGCACAUGAAGGAGCACCCGGACUACAAGUACCGGCCGCGCCGCAAGACCAAGACGCUGCUCAAGAAGGACAAGUACUCGCUGGCCGGCGGGCUGCUGGCGGCAGGCGCGGGCGGCGGCGGCGCGGCCGUGGCCAUGGGCGUGGGCGUGGGUGUGGGCGCGGCGGCCGUGGGCCAGCGCCUCGAGAGCCCGGGCGGCGCGGCGGCCGGCGGCUACGCGCACGUCAACGGCUGGGCCAACGGCGCCUACCCCGGCUCGGUGGCGGCGGCGGCGGCGGCCGCGGCCAUGAUGCAGGAGGCGCAGCUGGCCUACGGGCAACAUCCGGGCGCGGGCGGCGCGCACCCGCACGCGCACCCGGCGCACCCGCACCCGCACCACCCGCACGCGCACCCGCACAACCCGCAGCCCAUGCACCGCUACGACAUGGGCGCGCUGCAGUACAGCCCCAUCUCCAACUCGCAGGGCUACAUGAGCGCCUCGCCCUCGGGCUACGGCGGCCUCCCCUACGGCGCCGCGGCCGCCGCCGCCGCCGCCGCGGGCGGCGCGCACCAGAACUCGGCCGUGGCGGCGGCGGCGGCGGCGGCGGCCGCGUCGUCGGGCGCCCUGGGCGCGCUCGGCUCGCUCGUCAAGUCGGAGCCGAGCGGCAGCCCGCCGGCCCCGGCGCACUCGCGGGCGCCGUGCCCCGGGGACCUGCGCGAGAUGAUCAGCAUGUACUUGCCGGCCGGCGAGGGCGGCGACCCGGCGGCGGCGGCGGCCGCAGCCGCGGCGCAGAGCCGGCUGCACUCGCUGCCGCAACACUACCAGGGCGCGGGCGCGGGCGUCAACGGCACGGUGCCCCUGACGCACAUCUAG